UUGUUCCUGUUGGUGGUUUUGCAUUGCUUCCAUCACUCACAGCAAUCCCAGUCCCAGUCCCAAUGGCUGAGCCUUAUGGAAAUCCAGAAGCUUCUAAACUACCCAUCAGCUUUAAGUAGCUUCAAGUACAGCAGAAAAGGUAGAGGCCUCUGCAGCAUUGAACCAACCCCAUCUUUGACUCUAGCAUGCUAUCAAGGCAUAAUAACCCAGCUUCACAUCACUGGCAACAAUGGGUUUCCUCCACUGCCUAAUGAUUUCUCAUCCCACUCUUUCUUUGCAAGUAUUGCUCAGUUACCAAGCUUGAAAGUUCUUUCUUUGACUAACCUUGGUUUAUGGGGUCCAAUCCCUCCCACUAUUGCUCACUUAUCUUCUCUGGAGAUACUCAAUGUCAGUACAAACUACUUGAGUGGAAACAUUUCUCUUCAAAUUUCAUCCCUCAGAAACCUUCAGACACUUAUACUCGACCAGAACAAGUUCACUGGUCAAGUCCCAGCUUGGUUAAGCUCCCUGCCAGUCUUGUCUGUUUUAAGUUUGAAGAACAAUUUGCUUAAUGGGUCUCUUCCAUAUUCUUUCUCAUCUUUGCAGACACUCAGAGUUGUCUCUCUCUCCCACAACUACUUGUCUGGGGAAGUCCCUGAUCUUACCAACUUGACAAACCUGCAAGUUCUUGAUUUGGAAGACAACUAUUUCGGGCCACAUUUUCCUAGUUUGCCUAACAAACUAGUCACACUUGUGCUCAGGAAGAACAAGUUUCGUUUGGGAAUCCAGACCACUUUAGACUCCUCUUCCUCUUCCUGGUUUCAGCUUCAAAAGCUUGACAUCUCGUUGAAUGAAUUUGUAGGACCGUUUGUGCCAUCAUUGUUGUCUCUGCCUUCGAUUAAUUAUCUCGAUAUUGGUGGCAACAAGUUCAAUGGAGUACUCUUCAAGAACAUUUCUUGCAAUGCUGAGCUUGCUUUUGUCAAUUUGUCCUCAAAUCUCUUGACAGGGGAGUUGCCCUCUUGUCUUAAAAAGAGCAGGAUUUCUCUGUAUACUCAGAAUUGCUUAGCAAAUGAAGAUCAGGAGCAGCACCCUUCUAGCUUGUGCCAUAAUGAAGCUCUGGCUGUGCGAAUACCGCCUAGUAAGGAAGAGCAUAAGAGACAUUAUGCUAAGCAAGUAAUUUCAUUAAGUGCAGUGGGGGGUAUUGUUGGUGCAAUUGCUGUUGUUGGUCUAGUUUUCGUGGCAGUUAAGAGGUCCUUCGGCGACCAACACCAACCUACUACAAGGUUCAUUACAGACACUGCCUCUGCAGUGAACACAGCCAAGCUCCUCUCAGAUGCAAAAUACAUAUCAGAAACAAUGAAGAUGGGCGCUAGCAUUCCUGCUUAUAGAACUUUUGCUUUGGAGGAGCUCAAGGAAGCUACCAAUAACUUUGAUGAUUCAACACUACUGGGUAAAGAUUCAGAUGGACAGAUUUAUAGAGGGAAACUCUGUGAUGGAACACUUGUGGCUAUAAGAGGCUUGAAAAUGAGAAAGAGGCAUAAUCCGCAGGUCUAUACGCACCUUAUAGAGCUGAUUUCAAAACUGAGACAUGGCCAUUUGGUUAGUGCUCUUGGACAUUGCUUGGAGUUGCAUCCAGACGAUUCAAGCGUCAGUAGACUAUUUCUCAUAUCUGAGUUUGUUCCAAAUGGAACGCUACGAGGCUGCAUCUCUGAAGCACCUCCAGGACGAAAGCUUAAUUGGGCACAAAGAAUAGUGGCUGCAAUAGGAGUCGCAAAGGGCAUUCAGUUUCUGCAUACAGGGAUUGUUCCUGGUGUGAAAUCAAUUAAUCUAAAGAUUAAAAAUGUCUUGAUGGAUCAUGGUCUUCAUGUAAAAAUAAGCAAUUAUAGCCUUGCUCUUUUAGCUGAAAACAGGGGAGUGGUGGGGACUUUAGCUGCUUCUUCCUCAUCAAAAGGAAGCUUUCAGGCAAGGGUGGAACAUGAGUGCAAGAACGAUGUUUAUGACUUUGGAGUAAUCUUGCUAGAAAUUAUUUUGGGGAGGCCCAUCAUGUUCCAGAAUGAAGUUGGUGUCUUGAAAGACCUUCUACGAGUAAGUUUAACCACCGACGACAUAGCUCGAAGAAACAUUGUUGAUCCAGCGGUGCAUAAGGAGUGUUCAGAUGAAUCACUGAAGACAAUGAUGGAGAUAUGUGUGAGGUGUCUGUCCAAUGAGCCGACUGAUAGGCCUUCAGUGGAAGACAUUCUUUGGAAUUUGCAGUUUGCAGCACAACUCCAGGAUUCAACAUCCCAUCUGGACUCCCCUGUCUCAUCAUCCCAUUCCCAACAAGUCUAGAGUAUCUAGAUAACUUUAGCUAGACUUCGUUACCUAUGCCAGCAUGGAUUACUUAUUUUAUCUAAGCAGUGGGUUGUUGUAUGUACUCUACCAUAACCAUAGGAUACAAAAUAGAUGUAUAAGCUUCUAUACAGGUCCAUAAUAUUCGUUUGCUUUUACCAUUUUGUUUUGGUAG